UCCCAUCACUGUGAUCCGCAGAGGUGCGGUCCUUUACCAAACUACAUUGGUCACGGCGUCACGGCGUCUGCGAUCAAGCCAGCUUCUUGUUCACUAAACGCGAACUCCACAGUCCUUUAAAUUGAAUUACUAGAUGGGUAAAAGCCUACAUGGAGAGCACCCUCCGGUACAAAGCGUUACAUGCUAGGUUUCUGCUCAAACAACAUCUGGGAAAAUGACAGUGUGAGAGCCGCUCACUAGCACCCUGAUAUGGAAGAACCACCAGUCCAGGUGUUCUGGCCGCCUACACCACCAGCGCACUCCGUGACAUCCGUGGCAGUCGACGGGAGCGCGGGUCUAAUUUAUACUGGGAGCUGCGAUGGAUCCAUUGUGCGUUGGCAGCUGCGCUCCGAUGAACCGCCGAGGGCGUCCGUCAUGUUGGUUGGUCACACGUGCGCCAUCCGACACUUGGUUCCCGGGCUGACAGAUCCUGACACGCACCUCCUCACCCACACGCCAGGCAACACCGGCAGCACCGGACACCACGCGGGGGAAGCGGCUGCCCGCUAUCUCCUGAGUGUCGACGAGGCGGGUGUGUGCUGCAUUUGGCGGGAGCCGUGCGGGCGCUGUGAGCUGCGGAGGCGCGUGCCUGAGCUGGCAGCGGCAGCGGCAGCAGCAGGGGCGGUGGCGUUUGCGCAGAUGCCGCAGGAUGAGCCCCUCACCGCCGGCUGGCUGCUGGCAGCGCUGCCGGCAUCCGCGGUCUGCGGCUCACCGCCACCACCGCCGCCGCCUCCCUCACACCGCCCACCAAGUGGCCAGCAGGAGCUGCUCGGAAAGCCCAUUCACAACAUUCGGAGCGGCAGCGCUGGCGGUGCAGCCUCCCCCGCCCCAUCCGCAUCCAGCCGCCCCCACCAUCUCACGGGCCUACCGGUACCCCACGUGGUAUUGGUCCUGGACUGGCGCUGUCUUGUCGUGACGCAGGUGCUGCCCCUGCAGCCCCUGCAACAGCUGCUGCAAGUGGAGCUGCCGGCAGCCGCACCGGAGCGCCUGGAGCUGUCGCAGGGUAGGCGGGACCGCUCGCCAAGUGACCCGCUGGGUCGGUUUGGUGAUGAUGCCCUCGCCAGCGCUACCGCAACAGCGGAGAAGCUGCUGAGCUUUCGGGUGAGCUGCUGUCGAGUGGCGGCACCGCCGCCACACAACGGUAAUGGCAACGGCUGGUGCAACGGCAACAGCAUGAGCGGCUGCCACGGCGGUAGUACCGAUACUGGCGGCUUGCUUCAUGGUGGCGGCUGCAGUCCUCAGACGGUCCUUGCAGUCGCAGCAGCCGUGGAUGCGCUGGGAACGCUGUACGGCUGCAUUCUGCCGUUCGACCCGUACAAUCCGCCUGCGUGGUCAUUGGCUGGGCUGGCAGGGGCAGCUGCGGGUCCCGGUGCGGGUGCGGGUGCUGGAAUACCAGCCGGCAGACGAGGGCAUCUGGGUCAGCAGCAGCAGCAGCAGCACAUGGGAGCAGCGGGCCCAACAUUGCAGCCUUGGACCCUGCCGGGCCCCGCACCAGGAGGACAACAGCAGCAGCAGCAGCAGGAGGAAGAGGUCCUGUCCGUACAUGGACGGCUGCUGGCGGCGACUCUGAGCUCGGACUUGGGGUGGGCGGUGCUGGGUUCGGCGGACGCAUGGGUGGUGCUCAGGGCGCGACGCGAUGUGUUGCCAACACCGCCCCCUCCUGGUAUGGGUGUGGGUUGCGGCUCUUCCCCCGCUAACCUCGUCGCUCCAUGCAGCCCUCCGACGACCCACCUCCUGCGCAUGUGCUACACCGCCACCGGCGUUAUCAGCCUGAUGAACCAGCAGCCAGCCUACACCCCGACGCAACCGGGGCUGGUCUGCCCGCCAGCGCCAGCCCACCUGCUGCCUGUGGGGGUAAUGCACCACGGGGCCUCCACGACCCAACAGCAGCGGUGCAAUGCCGUACGUGCCGCCCCGCACAUGCUGCUGUUGGAUGACCCGUGGGUCGUGAAUCCCGAUGUGGACGGCCUUCGGGUGCUCCAGGACCCCCACCACCACCACCUUGACAGCCAGCUCGCUGGUCUGCAGCACCACCAGCAGCACCACCAGCCGGCCAAGCAGCAGGACCUGCAUGAGCCCCUCCAGCAGCAACUCGCAGCACACCCUCAACCCGCAACACAGCCAAACGGCCAGCUACCGCUGCCGCUGCUGCGCAUCCUCUGUU